AUGUAUGGAAUAUUUACCAACAUUUACCCUAAAAAUCAUCCAAAUGUAGGAAAAUAUACCAUACAUGGAGCAUAUGGGUACUACCAACUGAUCAUCACAAAUCCUACGCAGGCGCCGGAGGCAGCAACGCCUGCGGCGGAGUUCAAUGCAUCGUCCGGCUUUCUGCAACGAGUUCCGGAGGAGGAAGUUCGAUUGGACAAACUCCCACGGCCCUUCUAUUGCGACCCUCUGGAGCACGUCAUCGUCAUCAAUCUCCAAGAUGAAAGAGGCAAACCCAAACGGGACAGCCUUGCCCAGGAGUUGGAAAAGGCAGGAAUCAAUUCCUACAAUUUCUUUCCAGCCGUGGACCAUGAGAUAGAUGAGCAGCUGAAGUCGGAAAUGAGCGCGCAAGACCAGUUGUGCGACACGCUGCCCAAGUGCAAAAGCACCUUGGGGCGCGCCUUGAGUCAUCGCCAAGUGCAUGAGAAAAUCAUCGCAGAACAAUGGUCCUGCGCCAUGAUCUUAGAAGACCACGCCAAGUUGGCCGAGAACUUCACUUCGAGACUGAGAGAGGUGGCGAGAGACAGCUUUCCGGGCUUCGAUGUGAUCCAACUGGGGCGAUGCGAGGCCAAGGGGACUGGCAAAGACGCCCCGCCAAAGGAUCAGAGUACGGUGCCCACCUUGUUCCAAGGCUGGCCGGGGCGCUGUGCCCACGCCUAUGUGGCCAGUAUCUAUGGUGCGGUGUCCAUGGCCCAAGCGCACACGCCCAUCUCCUUGGGGAGGGACGUUUUACUGUCCGGGAAUCAUAAGUACGAGAAUCGCUUCCGGGCACAUGUGGAUCACAAAAAGCCAGCGGGCAGCUAUUGGUACCUUGUUGGAUUCAGAGAGCCGUUUGGAACGCGGGCAGCCAGGAUGGAAACGAGCAGUGUCAGUAUAAUCGUAGAUUUUGAAGAUGCCACUUUGACUGAUGGUUUCGGAUGA